GAUCUCACCAACACCUACAUGCCACUCAAUAUUACCGAUAUAUACCCUUUGGCAAAGAUCGAAGAAAGAGCUGCUAAGUAAAUUGCAAGAGCAAUGUCAGGAAAUCCACAUCCCAUGAGUUUCCCGUUUAUCCCUCGUCCACCAAAAUCUGCCCACAGUGCUACCGAACGGUUGGCUCAUGUCAAGCAGCUGCUCGCGGAGCAAAAGACAGCGGAGAAAAGCGGGGAUAGCUCGAAAAGGACGCACUCGAGAGGCCUUCCCUUCACGCCAACAAAGCUCACUGCAAAUGCUACCGGGGGUCUGGAAGAGGCCAGGAAGCUCAUCGCUCAGCGAAUAGUAGGGCAAAGUAGUGGGAGUAGUAGCAAGAGACCGCCGCAGAAAGUAAGAUGUUCGUCGUCGUCAUUGUCGUCGGGGUCUAGCUCUAGUUUGCCGGGUCCAUAUCCGCCAAGCUCACGACCACAACUCCCAUAUCCUCCAAGCUUGCCAUCACCACUUCCAAGGCAUCACCCACGAAGCCACUAUACGAGGCGAUCAUCUCCAGAUGAAUCAUCGCACGCUCCACCCAGCCGUCGCGAACAUGAAUUGCAAUCACAUCGACCACCACAACGACGAGACCGCAGCUGCACACCCAUAGAAGAACUCUUCGUACAAGACGUUACAUGGCCUCCAUUCCCCGAAUGGCCAUCUAAUGUAUCCAAAGAUGAAGAGAUGAAGUUUAUCGAGGGCGAGAUAGAACUUUAUAGGAUUAGAGAAGCCUAUGAGAGGUCUGUAGGACGGAAGCUUGUGGCUAGCUACAGGAAAAGGAUACUUAAGUAUAAGAGAUAUGUUUUGACUUCUAGGGUUAAUAGAGAACGGAGGCGGAAAGAGCAGAAGGGCAGGAGAGCGGGGUGAUGAAACUGCGAGAAGGGUAUAUAUUCCAUCCCAUGGAGAUGCGAUAAAUAAAUUGAAACUAUCUUACCCAUUUAGUCCUGUGGCACUCUGACAGCGUAGAGUAGAGUAGCUGCUCAGAACUUCUGGAAUUUGCAUUAUACCCGCGAGAUCAGUCCCUCGCGUGUGGGUAGCUGCAUCUAUGGUUCCUGUCCCUUUGUCCCGUGGUAAAUGAUUCUCCCUCUUUCAUCAGCACUGCUUUGAGCGAUGGUGUAUCCUAGACUUGUCGGACUCGUCCAAUGUCACGCAUAUGUCGGAUGAGCACGUAACUUUCCUUCUCCACUACUUUCGACACUUCCUCACCCCGCCCCAGUGUCCUUAUCAUGACACAAAAUCCAGGAGAGGUGAACCAAUGAGCUCUAUCGAUAU